AGGUUGCAUGACUCAUAAAUCAGCCAUAGUCACUUUUUGCUUGGGCAAAGUUUCUCUUCUUUUCAUAUAUUGCAAGAAUGUCCAAAACCAAUAUGAAAUUCUGCAAUAGUUAUUUUCUGGUGGAUCCGACCAAAGCAAGUGUUUAUGAUCUCAUUCUUCUUUUGUUUUCCCCAAAUCUUAUCAGCGCAAGAUUCAUUGAUUCUCCACCGGAUACGCUCAAUAGCGCCCGGCGAAGUUUCGCGAGUCGAUGGAUGAUUGCAUUGGCCAUUUUUCUUCAGAAAGUAUUAAUAUUCAUAAGAACACCCUUGGCAUUCAUAGGUCGUAUAAUCACCUAUUGGCCCAAUCUUCUUACGGCAAAUGGAGGUUUCUUCAACUUGAUACUUAACCUUUUGACAGGAAAGUUAGUGAAGCCUGACGAAUCGUCCGCGACAUAUGCGUCGUUUCUGGGAUGCACAGAUCGAAGAGUAGAACUUGACCAGAAGAUAGAAGUUGGCACGAUCGAAUACAAGUCGAUGUUAUCAAUGAUGGCUUCUAAGAUCGCUUAUGAGAACAAAUCUUUCAUCACUUCCGUGGUCAAAAACACUUGGAAGAUGGACUUCGUGGGUUACUACGACUGUUACAACGCGUUCCAAGAAAAAAAUCUGACACAAGCCUUUGUGUUCAAAGCAUCGGACACAAAUCCGAACCUCAUCGUCGUCAGCUUCAGAGGAACCGAACUUUUCAGCUCUGAUGAUUGGUGUACUGAUCUUGACAUCUCUUGGUACGAAUUGAAGAACGUUGGCAAAGUUCACGUCGGGUUCUCGAGAGCUCUAGGCCUCCAACAAAAUGGAUGGCCCAAAGAAAAUAUAAGUCUCAUACACCAAUAUGCUUACUACACGAUUAGACAGAAGCUUAGGGACAUGCUUGCCAGAGACAAGAACCUUAAGUUUAUUCUAACGGGUCAUAGUCUCGGGGGCGCAAUAGCUGCUCUGUUUCCUGCGAUUCUUGCAAUUCACGGUGAGGAUGAGCUACUUGAUAAGCUAGAAGGAGUCUAUACAUUUGGACAGCCACGUAUAGGGGACGAGGAGUUUGGGGAGUAUAUGAAAGAAGUAAUGAAAAAGCAUGGGAUAGAGUAUGAAAGGUUUGUUUAUAACAAUGACAUGGUGACUAGAGUCCCCUUUGAUGACAAGAUUCUGUUCGGAUACAAGCACUAUGGAUCUUGCAAUUACUUCAACAGUCUCUACCAAGGAAAGGUAAGAGAAGAUGCUCCUAAUGCCAACUACAUUAGCAUGUUGUGGCUAAUACCAAAGCUGCUGAGUGGUGUCUGGGAGUUUAUAAGGAGUUUCAUAAUAAGGUUUUGGAAAGGCAAUGAGUACAAAGAGAAUUGGACAAUGCGAACUGUUAGAAUUGUUGGGAUAAUAAUCCCUGGUGUAUCUGAUCAUUUCCCACUUGAUUAUGUCAAUUCCACGCGCUUGGGAGGCUUGGCUCGACCUCUUGCUACUACUACCCCUCAGGAUAAACUUUCUCUCAUUGCUUGAAAUAACAUGAUGACUCGUCCCACUCAAGUCAAGCAGAAGAAAGUCCAAAGUGUGUUGAAGAAACCCAAUUUCAGAUGUAUCGAAUAAGUUUUCAAACUAAAUAAAGGAUGAUUUCAUUUACUUGUUUUUAUUUUCCCUUACUUCAUUAAUAAGAGAAGGAAUACUCUUGAGUUGUUA